GUCCCUGGUGCCCGGCUCGCGCGGCUUGGUGCGAGGAGACCCGGGACCCCGCGCCAGUCGCCCACCCGCCCGCCCCUGCGCCCCCGCCCCGGCGUGCGAGGCGCCGCGCCCUCCCGCUGCCCUGCCUGGUGCAUGGAGGGGCCCGUUCGGAUCGCAGCCGCCGACGCCGCCGUAGCCGCCGCCAGCGCGCGGGGGAUGACCUGGGGGUGGCUGUCGCAGCCCGCUGCCGCGCAGGAGGUCUGGGGGCUUAGCCUGCCCCGCUGAGAGUGAGCCAAGGCCUGGAUUUUCCUCUGGAAGUCUGUCCUGCCCACUUCCGUAAUCUGGCGCUAUGCAUCCUGAUCCUGGACCCUUACAGACACUGCUGUUUGUUACCCUUCUGAUUCUGUGCUCUUCUGUGAGUUCAGACUUGGCACCUUAUUUUAUUUCUGAGCCAUUGUCUGCUGUCCAGAAACUUGGUGGACCUGUAGUACUGCAUUGUUCUGCUAAACCGGUGACCGCUCAUAUCUCAUGGCUGCAUAAUGGAAAAAGGUUGGACAGAAACGUGGAACAGAUUAAGAUUCAUCAGGGGACUUUGACUAUUCUUUCUCUUAACCACUCCCUCACGGGUUACUACCAGUGCAUUGCCAACAACAGCAUCGGUGCCAUUGUGAGUGGCCCUGCCAUGGUAUCCACUGCAGUUCUUGGUGAUUUUGGCUCAUCAACAAAGCAUGUUAUUACAGCAGAAGAAAAAAGUACUGGUUUCAUUGGCUGCGAGGUACCAGAUAGUAACCCCAAAGCUGAGGUGCGCUAUAAAAUCCGGGGAAAGUGGCUGAAACAUUCCACAGAGAAUUACUUAAUCCUUCCAUCAGGAAAUCUUCAGAUUUUGAAUGUAUCCUUAGAGGACAAGGGGUCGUAUAAAUGUGCAGCUUUUAAUCCUGUCACACAUGAGUUAAAAGUUGAACCCAUCGGCCGAAAGCUCCUUGUGAAUCGCCCUUCUUCAGAUGAUUUUCACAUUCUUCACCCCACCCUUUCACAGGCGUUAGCUGUUCUUUCUCACAGCCCCGUAACCCUGGAGUGUGUGGUGAGCGGGGUCCCAGCUUCUCAAGUGCACUGGCUGAAGGACGGUCAGGAUGCUGUGCUGGGAAGCCGCUGGAGAAGGCUGUACUCUCAUCUUGCCACGGAUAGCAUUGACCCAGGGGACUCUGGGAACUAUUCCUGUGUGGUGGGAAACAAGUCUGGAGAUGUAAAACAUGUGACUUACGUGGUUAAUGUACUUGAACAUGCUUCAAUUUCUCAAGGACUGCAGGACCAGACCGUGUCUCUGGGUGCCACAGUAGAAUUUACUUGUGAGGUUCAUGGGAACCCAGCUCCCAACCGUUCCUGGUUUCAUAACGCACAGCCCAUUCACCCUUCCCCACGACGUCUCACUGCAGGAAAUGGGUUGAAAAUCGUUGGUGUGACCGUGGAAGAUUCGGGGCUGUAUCAGUGUGCAGCUGACAACGGGGUUGGAUUUAUGCAGUCUACUGGGAGACUUGAAAUUGAAAAAGACCGUGGACUCAAGCCAGUUAUAAUUACAGCGCCAGCAAGUGCCAAGGUGGUAGAUGGAGACUUUGUUACUUUGUCCUGCAAUGCCACUGGAGUGCCGGUUCCAGUGGUUCGCUGGUAUGACAGGCAUGGAUUGAUAACCAGCCAUCCGUCUCAAGUCCUUAGAUCUAAAUCCCGAAAAUCACACUUAUUAAGACCUGCGGGCUUUGACCUGGAGCCCGUCUCCUUCGUCAUGUCCCGAGCUGGCUCGAGCUCUCUGUAUAUUCAGGCUGUUACUCAGGAGCAUGCUGGGAAGUACACCUGCGAAGCUACGAAUGACCAUGGCACCACCCAGUCGGAAGCAGUCCUCACAGUUGUUCCUUUUGAAACAAAUACAAAAGCAGAAAUAGUCGUACCUUCUGAGCCCACUCAAAAUGAUGAAAGAGACGAUUCAGAAACUGGAUUACCGAGCUCAUUUCCAGUGAAGGAACAUUCCAGUGCAGUGGAGUCAACUUCAGAGAAAAAUGCUAGUGGUGCCUCUGUCCCGGAUGCCCCCAUCAUUCUGAGCCCUCCGCAGACCCGCACACCAGACACGUACAGCCUGGUGUGGAGGGCAGGCAAGGAUGGCGGCCUGCCCAUCAAUGCCUACUUUGUGAAGUAUCGAAAGCUAGAUGACGGUGUUGGCCUGGUGGGAAGCUGGCACACAGUUCGAGUCCCAGGAAGUGAGAAUGAGCUGCAUUUAACGGAACUGGAGCCGUCCAGUCUCUAUGAAGUUCUCAUGGUGGCACGCAGCGCAGCUGGCGAAGGGCAGCCUGCCAUGCUCACCUUCCGGACCAGCAAAGAGAAAAUAGCAUCAUCAAAAAACACCCAGGCAUCCUCUCCGCCCAUGGGCGUCCCUAAACGCCCUGUUGUUCCAGAGGCUGCAGACAGCUUCGGGGUGGUGCUUCCAGAUCCCUCCAGGCAUAGUGGAGUUCCGGAAGCACCUGAUCGGCCCACCAUCUCCACCGCCUCGGAGACGUCCGUCUACGUCACUUGGAUUCCUCGGGCAAACGGGGGUUCUCCAAUCACCGCCUUCAAGGUGGAAUAUAAACGGAUGAGGACUAGCGAUUGGCUGGUGGCUGCGGAAGAUAUCCCUCCUUCCAAACUUUCUGUGGAAGUUCGUAGUUUAGAGCCAGGUUCAACAUACAAAUUUAGGGUCAUUGCCAUCAACCAUUAUGGUGAGAGUUUCCGGAGUUCGGCGUCCCGUCCUUACCAGGUGGCUGGGUUCCCCAAUCGGUUUUCUAACCGCCCCAUAACUGGACCUCACAUUGCCUAUACAGAAGCCGUCAGUGACACUCAGAUCAUGCUCAAGUGGACGUACAUUCCAUCAAGUAACAAUAACACUCCCAUUCAAGGAUUUUAUAUCUACUACCGGCCAACAGACAGUGACAAUGACAGUGAUUACAAGAGGGAUAUUGUAGAAGGUUCAAAGCAGUGGCACAUGAUUGGCCAUCUGCAGCCAGAAACUUCCUAUGAUAUUAAGAUGCAGUGCUUCAAUGAGGGAGGAGAAAGCGAGUUUAGUAACGUGAUGAUCUGUGAAACUAAAGUGAAACGUGUUCCUGGAGCUUCUGAGUACCCUGUCAGAGACCUGAGUACUCCUCCCAGUUCUUCAGGAAACGGGGGAAAUGUUGGGCCUGCAACCAGCCCCGCCAGAAGCAGCGAUAUGUUGUAUCUGAUAGUUGGCUGUGUGCUAGGUGUCAUGGUCCUCAUUCUCAUGGUUUUCAUUGCAAUGUGCCUGUGGAAGAACCGCCAGCAGAAUACCAUACAGAAAUAUGACCCACCGGGGUAUCUCUGCCAAGGACCAGAUAUUAAUGGGCAGAUGGUGGAAUACGCCACUCUGCCUGGCACCAACCGGAUAAAUGGAAAUGUUCAUGGAAGUUUCAUAAGCAAUGGGGGUCUCAGCAAUGGCUGCUCCCAUCUUCACCAUAAGGUCCCUAACGGAGUCAAUGGAAUCGUGAAUGGGAGCUUAAAUGGAGGCCUUUACUCUGGGCACACGAGCUCUCUAACCAGGACACGUGUGGAUUUUGAACAUCCUCGUCAUCUAAUGAAUGGUGGUGGAAUGUACACAGCAGUACCUCAGACUGACCCGUUGGAGUGCAUUAACUGUCGAAAUUGCCGGAACAACAAUAGGUGUUUCACCAAAGCCAACAGCACUUUCAGCAGCAGCUCCCUUCCUGUGGUUCCAGUGGUAGCACCUUAUCCUCAGGAUGGUUUGGAAAUGAAACCCCUCAAUCACAUGAAGAUACCUGUGUGUCUGGCUUCCACACUCCCCGACUGCAGCCAGUCACCUGAGGAGAGCAUCAGGGAUGAUGUGGCACCAAGACCUGCUCAGCACACUUGCUGUCAGGACGAUAGAAAUGAGAUCAACUCUGGCUGCACGGAAGACACAGCAGAGUUCAACCGAGGAGACAGCUGUGUCCAUUCAGAAACAGAGAACAGAAUUUUAAGUUGGAAUCCUCUUAUUCUGCCACCUGUAUCAAAGGACUGUACUGAAAAGACAACAUGGUCUCCUCCUGGCAUUCCUUUAGACAGCCCUUCAGGGGUCCUUCAGCAGCCCCCGGAAUCCUGAGGGUGUGCAAAUCACUAGUCGUGUUCCCGCUUCAAGCCAGUAACUGCACAAAACAGGCCUGGGAACGGACUAUGUGAAGGACAUUAAUUCAAGUCAGACAAAAUCAUUAUUUAUUUUUUUGUAGUAGUAAUGUCAUAUGAAUGUAUCUUAAAAUGUGUGCCCUUUUAUAUUAUUUAUGCGUUAAAAUUUUCCCUCCCUAUUCCUUCCUCCCACUCAGUAGGAAACAACCUAGUUUUGCAUAGUUUUCAACCAUCUGAGAGCAGUGAGAUCAUUCCAUGUUUUCCAAGAACCUCAGUGACAGUAAGAGCUCCUCCUGCAGGGAUCCAGCCUAUUGGCUCAUUCCGCUGAGAGGGAAUUGCACACACCAUUUGAAGUUUUCAGAUGAAAGCUGCCUUUCAAUAUCAUGUUAUCAUACCUUCUGAGAACAUUUUGAAACCAACCACAGUUGUAACCUGAUGUUUAUAAUUAGCAGAUCUCAUGAGUUUUAUGAGUGCCUUCCACAAAAGUGAUAGUUGACCUAUUGACUCACUCUCUGUCUCUGUGUGGGCACAAGUUAUGUUCAGUUUUCUAGAUGCUAAUCAUAAACAUUGUCAUGGACAAGGUGGAGGUUAAGGUCUAGUUGGGUCAUUGCAGUAUGCAGAGAGGGAGCCAAGGCCAGAGAGAAAAAGAAUGCCUUCAAGUCCUACUACUUCGAAAUUGCAUUGGUUUAUAAAAUGGUCAGCAUGGGGCUCUUUUUGACUGUUUCUAAGAGUAGGAACAAAAUAAGACUGAAGUGGUGACUUGAGAAGAAAGAUCCACAUUUGAAGAAGAGAGAGGGUUCCAGGGAGCCCUUGUUGGCAGAAGCUCUCCCAUUAGUAUAGGACGGUGCUCAUGGUGCCACACCACCCAAAAAGCAUCAGUUUCUAACUUCCAACAUGGGCAAUACCUGGAAGAUGUUAGUGUCAGAAAAGACUUAAUUUAGAGGGAAAGAGGUAUGGUUUGAAAUGUCUUGACCUUUUUUUGAGAAUGUCCUCAUUGUAAACAGGCCCCUAAAGCUUUGGUUAGCAGAGCUCGUCAGUCAGGUACUGCUGCCUCUGAGUGACAAGGACAUUUGCAGCUGCUUUGGAAGGCUUUUCUUCCCCACGCUAUCCAUGUGUUUAAUAGCUUGAGUCCAGCUUUAGUGGAUCACUGCUCUCUUUUGGAUUGUGCAUCCCCUUUAGAAAAGAAACAAAAUGAUUCUCCUUAUGUAGAGUCAAGCAGUUCCAGCAUAAAUGAAAAAAUUCUACAGUUUGCCAGAAAUUGCAGUGAAAUAGACUGCAAUACUAUGUUAAUCAACUUUCUAUAUAAAUGCAUCAGUAUUCCCUUACAUAUGUCUAUAUAUUUUAUAAAUAGAACUCUUAGUGAAAUGCGCUGUUUAUUCUGGGUCACUAUGCAAGAAUGACUUGAGUAGGAUGCAGUGAAUGUCGUUUCAUAGUCGGGUGUUAGGGAUGCUGUAGAAUCAAGGUCCACAUCCCAGAUGUCCAAGCCUCUGCUAUACUGGAUUUAUGCUUCAUGUGGCUUAGAUGCAAUUAACUCUGGAGGGGAUUGCUGCAUCCCUUACUUCUGUGACUAGCAAAGGACAAAGUCCGUGGACACAGAAUAUGAAAACAUGCCCCGUGUUUGCCAGUCAAGUCACAGCAAUGCUGUCACAAAGGGAGUUUUAGAAAACUGGGGCAUAAAUGUUCGUAGGCAGUCAUUUUGAUUCAGGAAACAGAGGUGUAUUAGCAUGAGCCUUAGGUCAUAAACUGCUUUUAAAGACUGAGUUUGAAUGUGGGAUUUGUCCACUAGGAAGAGAAAAAAUUUUACCUUUAGGGCAAUCUCAUUGUGGACUGCUUUAUUUAUAUUAUUAGUAACGCUGUUUUAAGUGUUAUCCCUUUUAUUGUAUUUUAUUUAUAAAAAAAGCCUUUAUAUAUUGAGAUAUAUAAAUAUAAAUAUAUAUAUAUAAUUACCUUUGUGUGUAGGAGUUAUGAGUUCUCCCUAACCGUGAGUUGUUCUGAACUUUUGUUUCCUGCACAGUCACCAGAAACAGUCCUGCCUAAUGUCUCUUCACCAGAAAGUCAGAGGACAUAGUACAGUGUGGGAGAUAGCACUAACGUGUGGGGUCAGUGCUGUGUACCAGGCACCGUGCUCCGUGCAUGUUACUGCCAUCUCAUUAACCCGCACAGCAGAUCUACAAAGUAGGUGUCAAAGUCACACAGCCUCAAAGCAUGAAUUGGAACCCAGUUUAUUGGGAGCCAUAAUCUGAGCUCCUUCCAUUUUUCCGUACUGCUUUCCCUGAGCACUGUGGUUUGCUGUUUGGAUGGAACCAGUCCAGUUCCACAUGCUCCUGUCCACCCUGCUGCGUGAUUCCUCUGACGUGCUAACUCGACAACUAGAGGAACCGCCUUCUGUCCUACGUGGACAGGACUCUGUGCUUAUUACUGGUCCUCCCGGAGUCCUCGUUUCUCCCUGUGACCGUCCUCACCACCACCCCCGCCUGGGAAUUUGAUCUCUCGGCUUAGUGAUCAUGUAGUUGGUCAGGCCCCUUCAUGUUCCUUCUCGCCUUGGAAUUCUCUGUGAUGGUUUUAGCGUUGCGCUUCCCCCACUCCUGUGAUAUCCUGUCACUCUCUCCUUUCUGUCCUCCUUUCGCUUAUGCACUGAUAGUCUGGUGAUAGGCGCCGUACAGGAUGUAAGUGAAGUUGCAGUGUUUUGUACCUUUUAAAAAAGCCUUUCUCUCUGGGUUUUGUAUUUGUGGAUUGAGUCAGUGAAGACUAAUACAUCCAUAUUAGGCUGCUGAUGUCACAGAUCUCACUGCAGCUACAAUACUGCCACGAAGUUCGUUUUGUCAUUGAAUUUCACCUGUGUUGCUCUCUUUUAAAGCAAUAACUUUGAAAAGAUGCAUGUUUUUGUAUCAUAUUGAAAAGUAUGUUUUGUUUUCCUUAAAGUUGUAAUAUUAUGUUUUGAAAUUGUACAUAUUUUAAAUGAUGUAGCUCUGACAGCUUUUAUUUGGUUUGUAUGAUUUUAUAUUAAAAGAGAAUGCUGCUUUCAUGUGGAGUAGCCCGUGAGGGUGGGAAGAUGGGGAUGCUCAGAUACUCCCUGGCUGUCUAAAGCUGCUCGUGGCUUGAGAUGGGGAUGGAUGUGUGUCUCACUCUGAAGUUCUUUGGAACCUCCACCCCUGUUGUCCCCUGAAAGUCCCCUAUGCAUGCCCAAGAGCCAAGAGAGUUAGUCCCUUCUGUUCUGCCUCCAGAGAUCCUAGUCCUGAAGGAACAGGAUCUAGGACAAGUCUUAUGGGGAGGCUGGGAAAAAGCCUGAGCCAAGGAGCUGUGCGGAAGCAGGCAGAACCCCUUAGGGAUUCUUCCGGGAUUUCUUUGGAGGGAAGGGAAGAGGAUGGGAGGGAAGCACGAGGAGAAUGGGGAGGACUGGUUGCUUCUCGCAUGUCGUCUGUUUUACUGUUGACCAGGUGCAGCACCUGUGUGCACCCCAGAGUAGGACUUCAGCCUCCUCGAGAGGCAGCUUUGUUUUACUGCCCUAAAAAAUCAAAGUGCACGUGCUGCUUUGACCAGAAAGCCAA